AUGAGACGACGGCCUAGAGAACGUGCCCAGCCGGCAAACAGCACAACCCGCAAGAGAAAAAGCCGGAGCGUGGAGGCCGCGGCUUCUGAGGAGGAGGAGAUCCUCAUCUCCAACCUGGACGACCUGCUGCGUGAGGGGGAGGCGGCUGCGGCCUGGUGGACCGAGGACGGCGAGCGGCCCGCAGACAGCUCCUUAGCCGAUCUCCUGCAGGAGCUAGCCGCCUGCGACGAGGACGAGGCCGCGAUUUGCCGCCAGGACUUUCGGCUCGGCGAGGCCGCUUCCAGCACGGCGCCCGACGCCAAGCAGAGGGCGUGUCGGGCAGGCGGCGGCGAAAACAACAAGAACGCGCAGGCCGCACGCUUGAACCGCCUGCGCAAGAAAGAGUACGUCAGCGGCCUGGAGGGGAAGGUGGCGCGCCUGUCGGAGGAUAACCAGCGGCUAGAGAGGGAGCGGAGGAGCCUGGGGGAGCGCGUACAGCAGCUGGAAGAGGAGACUCGCUACCUCAAGGCCGUGCUGGCCAAUGACAGCGCUCUGUCCCAGCUGCUGGGGCGCCUGACCGGACUGGGCGGGGUCAAGCUGGCGACGUCAAUCUUUAGCAAGAAGGAGCCGCGCGAGCAUGACUACGCUCUGCCCGCGGAGGAGACGGCGCCCCCUGGUGGUGGAGUGUGCCUGCACGUCGACCAGGACAAGGUGUCGGUGGAGUUCUGCCCUGCCUGUUCCAGGAGUGCGGCGAGCGCAACCAAAAUUUUCUCUUUUAGGUGACUUGACGGCUUGCUCCAUUGUAGGAGUUAAAGAGCAGUUCCUUAUCGCCUUGCAACCUGUGGAUUCAGCUAUAUGGGACGGAAGACUUGGAUCCUGCUGCUGGCCACAUGCCCUGCUGUGUAUAAAAGGUAGUAUGGUACCGGAGGUAACAGUAGGGCUUUCCUUUUCAGUUCCACUUUUUUCUUGUGUUCUGUGAAGUUGAAAGGUAACUUGAAAUGCUGAGCCGCUGCCGCGGGGCUUGAGUUUAAAAGCGUGUGUGCCGUCUGGUU